CAUUUCUUGAUAGAUGCGUGCGCAAUAUUCCCUGGAUCUUGUGGUGUGGACCACUUUUGUGUAAAGGAUUGGAAUCUUCAGUCGGAAGCGACUCGUGCGGUUCAUAAUUAAUUAUUUACUACUUGUAGUUAUCGCUGUGAGUUCGUAUUUUAAAAGUAUAGAACCUAGAAAUUAUAAAUCUACUUAUCCUCAGAUUUUUAUGAACUGUUCGCAAACACGAUUGUGACAGGACCGAUCCGGUAAUUCAUUUUAUUUUACGCAAAGUGAAUAUGUUGUGUUCAGGAUACUAAUAGUGCCGAAGAAGUGGAUACUUCGUCUUUCCUCAAGUAAAAUCGUGGAUGCGAACGGCGCGCGCGCGUCCGCUCUAAAGACCGCGCCGCCCUGCCGCCAAAUAGAACGGCGGCGCGGCUGCGCAGCAGUGGUUUGUCGUGUAAAGCGAACCCUGGAGCCGCACAGGGGUCUAUUGGUGCGGAGGGCGCGGCAGCAUGGACGACGGAGGCAGCAACAAGCAGCGGCAGGCCACCAGGGUCUUCAAGAAGAGCUCACCCAAUGGAAAGAUCACAGUAUAUUUAGGAAAGAGAGACUUUGUAGACCACAUAACACAUGUAGAUCCUAUUGAUGGCGUGGUACUGAUCGACCCUGAAUAUGUGAAAGAGCGCAAGGUGUUUGGUCAUGUCCUCGCCGCGUUCCGCUAUGGCCGUGAGGACCUUGACGUGCUCGGCCUUACCUUCCGCAAGGACCUCUACCUUGCUGCUGAACAGAUCUAUCCCGCGACAGCGCCCCCAAAGCGUCCUCUGACCCGGCUACAGGAGCGGCUCGUCCGCAAGCUGGGCCCAGCCGCGCACCCCUUCUACUUCGAGCUGCCGCCGCACUGCCCCGCCUCCGUCACGCUGCAGCCCGCGCCCGGCGACACCGGCAAGCCCUGCGGCGUCGACUACGAACUUAAAGCAUUUGUUGCUGAUUCACAAGAUGAUAAACCCCACAAGAGGAAUUCAGUACGGUUGGCGAUACGGAAGAUAAUGUACGCGCCGAGCAAGCAAGGCGAGCAGCCCUCAGUUGAGGUCUCCAAAGAAUUUAUGAUGAGCCCAAACAAGCUUUACUUAGAGUCUUCAUUAGACAAGGAGUUAUACCAUCAUGGUGAGAAUAUAGCGGUGAACGUGCAUAUCGCAAAUAAUUCGAACCGCUCCGUGAAACGUAUCAAAGUGUCGGUGCGCCAGUUCGCAGAUAUCUGCCUCUUCUCCACCGCGCAGUACAAAUGCACCGUUGCUGAGGCGGAAUCCGAGGAGGGGUGUCCCGUGGGGCCGGGCUUCACACUGAGCAAGGUGUUCACGCUGACGCCGCUGCUGGCCAACAACAAGGACAAGUGGGGGCUCGCACUCGACGGUCAGCUCAAGCACGAGGACACCAACCUCGCAUCCAGCACUCUGAUAGCGGAUCCAGCUCAGCGCGAGAACUUAGGUAUCAUAGUACAAUACAAAGUCAAGGUCAAAUUGUGCCUCGGACCACUUGGCGGGGAUCUCAGUGCGGAGCUCCCGUUCAUCCUGAUGCACCCGAAGCCAGAGGAGGAGGCGCCGCGCUCCGCCCCCGAGCCCACGCCCCACCAGGACCACGACCUCAUACAGCUCGACCCACACCCAGACGAGAAUGGGCAAGAGCAGGACGACGAUAUAAUCUUCGAAGACUUCGCGCGACUUCGGUUAAAGGGUGCGGACUCGGAGGCCUGAGAUGCGCCCCCGCCCCCGGCACCGCCUCCGGCUCCGCCCCCAGCCCCGCCCCCAGCACUGCCCCCGCCCCGCAGAUUAAGGCUGGCACCAUUGGAUCGUGGCUCGCGAUGCCCGUAAAUACAAGGAAUUGUCCACUAUUCACCAUACUGUACAUAAUAGUUUCCUUGUGUAAGAAGAGACUUCAUACUUGAAGAAACAUGGUCCUUCGAGCCGAUAUUUUCAUAUAACCGGUUGUAACUGGUUCAACUGUUUGUAUGUUGUGAAUGUCUAUGCCUAUACCGAGUUACAUCGAUGUCAAUUUCGAUUGGAUACGAAAUUUGAACUCUGUAGCACACGGAAUAAAGUUCAAAUUCAACUGCAGGAAGGAUCGGGUAUUUUGCAUUAGUUAGGUGUUGUUACAUGCACACUGUAUCAAAAUACGUUGUUAAAAUCCAAUGAGCUGCAAAUAUGAUGUACGUGUGAAGAACAUUUUAUUACUAAUUUUCUAAGUGAUUUGGCCGUAAUGUUUGGCCAACCAGUUUGCGGCAAAAGUUGGUUCUAAUCCAAAAAAGAUAAUGUUACUUAGUAUUGAUAUUUUUUAAUAUUACUACUGAACAGUUUUUGAUAUAAAAGUGUGCUUGUAACAUAUUAAGUAUUAUAGUUAAGAAUUUUAUAUUAUAUUCGAUGUAUAUUGUAAUAUUGAAAAUUAUUUUAAAUAGCAAUUAUUGAUCAAAUUUGCAAGUACAAUUUUAUGUUUGUAACAUUUAGUUUUAAAUAUGUGUAAUAUUAGUUUUAAAUCAUACGAUCAGUUGCGCGUAAUUCUUUUAUGAAGUUAUAGUACAUAUAAUUCGACAACAUGCAUUUAAUAGUGUAAAAAAUAUAUUUAAUAUUGCGAUUUAGUUUCAAAAAUAAGUGUCGAUUUUAUACAAACUUGUUUUGAAAUGUGGCCUUUGAGACAGAACUGUUCAAACAAUAAUAAAAGUAUUCCUGUCUCUCUUUCUCUUUCACAAAUCAGAGAUAAUAAUUUUAUCCCAUAACAGUGUCGCUUAUUGAUUCUGAACUCGGAUUUUUAUAUGAUGGUCUCUGACGGCUACAAAACAUUCCAGUACACGAAAUAUUUUUUUAAUACAACUGACGCAAUUCAUAAUUUUAUAUUACACAAUUUAUUUAUCAAAUUAUAUUUAAUUAUUUGUAGUUUCAUUGUAUUACUGUUCAUAAUUUUCCAGAUAAUUGUUGGUUUUAGUAAAAAUUAAUUUCGAUAAAACGGAACGCAAACACUGUGGUAUGUUUCGGAGCUGUUAGCGCUCUCUAAUAAAAACUGAAUUAUAAUAUAUACGUUUAUACUAUAACUUGUACAUUUAUUUUGCUGUACAGAAAGAAUGUUUUGUAAAGUUUAUGGUAUAGUUUUUUUAAAUAUUUGUAGAUUAAAUAAUUGAAUGCACAAAUAUCUUACUACGUUUAAGCUUAGAUGUGAGUGCAGCUAUAUGAAUCCUCCAUUGACAGCAUCUGUCAAAACAACGCGCAAACGUUCAUGAUUGGGAUAUUUUUUUUAAUUCAACUAGAUGAGUGGGGUAAGGACAGGGAUAAGACUAAUCUUUACAGCUCUGGGUUCUUGCCCUUUUGAGCCAAUCGGAAUGUAUAAUUCUUAGUAUUGCCACUUAUAAGGUACAAAUUUACUUUAUAUUUUUCUGAAAUUGUUUUAUAGAUUAAUCAUUAGGUCAGUAUUUUGUAUUUUCAAAUGUAUGUUGAUGUUAAAAAUUAUGUAAUUGUUUUUAAGUGUAUUCUACUACAAAAUUAUGUUUUUAAACUUGAACGUAAUAUCUGUAUCACUUCUGUAAGUGACACAAACAAUAGUUGUCCUAAAUAAACUUUAUAAUUUGUGAAAAUCAACAAUAGAAUUUUGAUUAUGACAUUUUGAGUGUAAUGCAUUUUAAUUACUAUUUUUUGAUUCUAAAUUUCAAGGCUUGUUAAGUGUCGGUGUCAAAUACCGAAAUGCGCCCGUUAUCAGCAAUGCAUUAUUAAUAGAUAUGAAAUAAUUAUUUUGUUGCUAUAUAAUUGUAUUAUUAUUUAUAUAUUUUAAUGCUAAGUGUUGAAUGGUAUAAGUAAUUUGUAUAAUUAAAUAAUUGUAUGUAGGAAUAAAAAAGACGAGAUCUAAAAAAAUGAAGUUUUCGAAGUUGACAAGCUGAGUACAAUUAGCCGCAAUUGUUGUCAUACUUGAAUUUUAUACAGAGGCUACUGCUUUUUACACAAAUCAUUAACACCAAGUUUCCUACUCAAUUUUACAAAAAAACGAUUAUAUGAAAAUUAUUACGACUCGUUUUUAUUAUAAUACGAAUAAAUAAUUCUUCCAUGCAAAGAAAUAAAAAUAAAUGCCG